CCUUUACCGACGGUCGACAACACUCCCCGCACCGCCCACACGCACUCACCACGGAGACGACAUAGCAACCAUACUCCUUCACAACAACGAUAAGUCUCUGUCGAUGCAAAGAAACCGUCCCUCCCAAUCCAUUCUGAACGGUAGUUCCAGUUCCAGUUCCAGUUCCAGUUCCAGAUCUCCCUCUCUCUAGCUCGUUCGAACGCGCACGCGAGAACCGGAACGUAGCCGGAAAGCCACAGAGGAAUCGAGCGCGAAAAUGGCGAGGAAGGCGCUGCUGAUCGGGUGCAACUACGCGGGCACCAAGGCCGAGCUCAAGGGCUGCAUCAACGACGUCAACAGGAUGUACCGCUGCCUCGUCGACCGCUACGGCUUCUCCCAGGACGACAUCACCGUCCUCAUCGACGCCGACGACUCCUCCCUCCAGCCCACCGGCAAGAACAUCCGUCGCGCCCUCUCCGAUCUCCUUCGAUCCGCCGAGCCCGGCGACUUCCUCUUCGUCCACUACAGCGGCCACGGCACCCGCCUCCCCGCCGAGACGGGCGAGGAGGACGACACCGGCUACGACGAGUGCAUCGUCCCCUGCGACAUGAAUCUCAUCACCGACGAUGAUUUCAGGGAGUUUGUCGACCAAGUCCCUGAAGGUUGCCGCCUCACAAUUGUAUCUGAUUCCUGCCACAGCGGCGGUCUUAUCGAGCAAGCUAAGGAGCAGAUUGGCGAGAGCACUAGGAAUCAGGAUCAGGAGCAUGAAUCAUCAGGCUCUGGUUUUGGAUUCGGAAGCUUCCUGAAGCAGACCGUGCAAGGUGAACUUGAGUCUCGGGGGAUUCAUAUCCCUUCAGCAUUCCGUCACCAUCGGCAUCAAGAUGAAGAGGAGGAGCGAGAGGUGGAAAGCGCUUAUGGUGACAGAGGCUAUGUGAAGAGUAGAUCGUUGCCACUUUCUACUCUAAUAGAGAUACUUAAGCAGAAGACCGGUAAAGAUGACAUCGAUGUAGGUAAGUUGAGGCCGGCCCUUUUCGAUAUCUUUGGUGAAGAUGCAAGUCCUAAGGUGAAGAAGUUCAUGAAAGUCAUAUUGAACAAACUCCAACAUGGACAUGGAGAUGGGGAAGGCGGAGGUGGUUUUAUGGGCAUGGUCGGAAGCCUGGCACAGGAAUUUCUCAAGCAGAAGCUGGACGGGAGCGACGAGGGGUAUGCAAAACCUGCCAUGGAGGUAGAAGUAGGAAGCAAUCAAGAAGUUUAUGCUGGGACAACAAAGCGUUCCUUUCCAGAUGGUGGUAUUCUGAUCAGCGGUUGCCAGACCGAUCAAACUUCAGCCGACGCCAGCCCUUCAGGAAACGCCCGUGAAGCUUAUGGGGCUCUCAGCAAUGCCAUCCAGACCCUGAUCGCUGAGACGGAUGGUGCAAUCACCAAUCACAAACUUGUUACGCGGGCGAGGGAGAUGCUGGAGGGCCAGGGCUUCACCCAGCGCCCUGGCCUCUACUGCAGCGACCACCAUGUGGAUGCUCCCUUUGUUUGCUAAUCCGAAUGUGUUUCUUCUUUUCAAGGGAUCAUGAAUAAUUAUCAGCGUUUGGAAGAGUUUGUGGAGAGUUUGUGUUGUUUUUUCCUACCUCAGUUUGUCUGAUAAACUCGAUGGGAGAGAUUAUAAGAGAAAGAAAAAGAAGAGAGAUUGUGGUAAACUGAAGAGUUUAUGUUCAGACCUUUGACUUUGAUAAUAUGCAGUCGUAUUGGGUGUUAA